AGAUAUGAGAGCCUUGGGGGAGGGGAGCUGUGGAACCAUCUAUAGGGGUAGAGCUUCCUGAGACCGUGGAAGCCAAGCAGCCCACGGAGCGUCACGCUUUGUCAGUUCUCUCUUGCUCCUGCUGCAGGCUUAAACUGACCCGGUGCGGUGUCAUCUGACUGGAGGAACUGGUGAAGGAAGACUCAUCUCUGGGGUGAAGGAUGUCAGUGCUUCUGCCGAUGGUGUCAGGAGUGGAGAGGGGAGAUUAGAAGACUGCACCCAAAAGAAAGACCAUGGCUUUAGAAGAUGGAGUCCAAAAUGAGGAGGUUGGUCAGCACAUGCAUCUCUGGAUGUAGGAAGCCCCGUUGGGCAGCCAUGGAGUGGGGCAAUGGCACAGGCUCACUGACCACCACCUCCUGCGUCUACCGUGAGAACUUCAAGCGGCUGCUGUUGCCACCUGUGUACUCGGUGGUGCUGGCGGCUGGCCUGCCACUGAACGCCUGCGUCAUUGCUCAGAUUUGCACAUCCCGUCGGGCCUUGACCCGCACAGCCGUGUACACCCUGAACCUGGCCCUGGCUGACCUGCUCUAUGCCUGCUCCCUGCCCUUGCUCAUCUACAACUAUGCCCGUGGUGACCACUGGCCCUUCGGUGACCUCGCCUGCCGCCUGGUGCGCUUCCUCUUCUACGCCAACCUGCAUGGCAGCAUCCUCUUCCUCACCUGCAUCAGCUUCCAGCGCUACCUGGGCAUCUGCCACCCUCUGGCCUCCUGGCACAAGCGCGGGGGCCGCCGGACCGCCUGGCUAGUGUGUGGGGCCGUGUGGCUGGUCGUGACAGCGCAGUGCCUGCCCACAGCCAUCUUUGCCUCCACAGGCAUCCAACGUAACCGCACCGUCUGUUACGACCUGAGCUCGCCCGCCCUGGCCACCCACUACAUGCCUUACGGCAUGGCCCUCACGUUCAUCGGCUUCCUGUUGCCCUUUGUCGCCCUACUGGUCUGCUACUGCUGCUUGGCCCACCGCCUGUGCCGCCAGGACGACCCGGUAGGGCCUGUGGCCCGCGAGCGGCAUGGCAAGGCAGCCCGCAUGGCUAUGGUGGUGGCCGCUGUCUUUGCCAUCAGCUUCCUGCCUUUCCACAUCACCAAGACAGCCUACCUGGCGGUGCGCUCUGCUCCCGGUGUCACCUGCUCUGUGAUGGAGGCCUUUGCUGCUGUCUACAAGGGCACUCGACCCUUUGCCAGCGCCAACAGCGUGCUAGAUCCCAUUCUCUUCUACUUCACCCAGAAGAAGUUCCGCCGGCAGUCACACGAUCUACUACAGAAACUCACAGCCAAGUGGCAGCGGCAGGGUCACUGACCCCUUGGGAACAAGAUACCCAUGGCCUGGGCAGCUAUUAUGUCCACCAUUGUGGCCGGGGCACCAGAAGCUCCACAAGCGAUAAACCAUGCAGAGAUUCAGAGCUCAGCUCAGCCAGUCACAGAGUGAGGUCCCUCACAGACCCCCGAAUCUCACCACCUGUCUAUUGGGCUCUAUCUCUGGGCCAGGCCCUGUAGGCACAGAGGUGGACAGGUCUAGGAGUGAUGUGCAUUAAAUCAGGAGUUAUGCUAUAUGUUGUAAAGUCACCGAGGAAGAAGGAGAAGGAAGAUGUAGGUG